CAAGUUUGAAGCGCCCCUACAGCAAAGUAUUGUCGCAUUCUUGAAACUCGAUGAGCCUAAACUGUAGUAUUUUUUUUAAGUGAAAACUAGAAAAGGAUAAAUUUUUGCGUAAACGAACUACGUUUCACGAGGAGACGGUUUUAUCUAUGUCAUCGUACCAGUGUCGAUAGUAUUUCCAUGAAUUCUACAAUUACUAUCGAAGACACCGACGAAGAGGUGAUUGAUUUGGACUCAAGCCAAGACAUCACCAACAAUGCUGACAAUGACCAGAGCGGAUGUUUUAUCGACAAAAACUCGUUGUCGAACGACAUCGCAAGAACAAGUACUACUAGUGACAAUGCAAAGGACAACAAGGAUGUUUCUACAACUCAAACUUGCAACACAAAUACGUCAGAACCAUUUAUUAAGGUUAUGUUUCGAGACGAAAGUAUUUCACGACAAUAUGGUAAACGUAUAAAGGAAUUUAUAGAGGAAUUAAUUCCUUCUACGACUACAUGUCAAGAAACUGAUGAUGGCUUAACACUAAAUCUUUGGGAUAAUGAUUCAGGUUCUAUUAACCAGUCUGUUGAACUUACAACGGAAAGUGAAGACAGUCAAGAUAUAAUAUGUGACACAUUGUUUACAAUAGAUACACAACCAAAGCUCCAAAAUGAUCUUGAUGUUCCAACAUAUGGAAAGAAAUUUGAGAAUGUGUUUGAAAACGCUACACCAGAAUCAAAAUCGAAAACAGACUCAAAGGUUAAUCCACCAAAAUUAAUGUGUUUCAAUUGUUUAGAAAAUCACAAUUUACGUGAUUGCCAGAAACCACGUGAUCAAGCUGCUAUUAAUAAAAACAAAAGAAAUUUCAAUAUGAAGGGAGGAAAUAUGAAAACUCUUAGGUAUCAUUUAGAUGAUGACCAAAAAUUUGGUCAUUUUAUUCCUGGCCAAUUAAGUAAUAAUUUGCGUAAAGCACUAGGUCUUAGGGAUAAUGAAUUACCCGUACACAUAUACAGAAUGAGAGUGCUUGGAUACCCUCCAGGAUGGUUAGAGGAAGCUUGCUUACAACACUCUGGUAUAUCAUUAUUUAAUUCUGAUGGUAUCGCGGAAGAUGAUUCUCAUGCAGAACCAGGAGAAUUUUUUGAAUCUGGAGAUAGAGAUCAAUAUGAUAUUAAAAAGAUAUAUGAUUUUCCUGGUUUUAAUGUACCAGCUCCGCCUGGUACUCGAGAUGAAAAUGGACAGUAUUGGAUAUCACCGAUGCAGACUGCUCAUAGUAAACAAACAAUGUUGACGAUGCUGAAAGGAAAAAAGGCAGAUGACGGCUAUAAAAGGAAGAAGUUGAAAACAUCUAAUAAUAGUUCUAAUGAUAAUCCAGUACCAGAGUCAACUGAAAUGGAGAUAGAAGAUGUGGAAGAUGGUGUAGUAGAGUGUCUACCUGUUAAUGGACUUUUUGUACCUCCAUUACCACAAGAAUGUAUCACAAAGCCACCUGAGCCACCUGAGCCACCACUGCCACCAUUGCCACCAUUGCCACCACUGCCACCAACACAAGGAUCGUAUGAAGACUUGGAUUAUCAUUCGCAGGAUUUACAAUCACCGUUGCUUAAAAUAUUGCAGGAAAAUAGUGCAUCACCGUCAUCUCGGGCAUAUUCGCCGUCACUGUGUGAUUUAGAAAAUAUGAAAAAACGAUUACUCGUAGAGCUUCAAGAAUCAAGUUCACAGUCAAAUUCAGACGACUUGUCAAAAAGUAAUUCUGCAGAUUCCGCGUCAAAAUCAGAAAUGCCACCGCCCAGUAAUGAAGAAACGACAGAAUUACAUAGAAAUCGCAGAAGUUCGCUGAAUUCCAGCCACGGAAGUGUAAAAUCGAUUGAUCUAGGCACACCUAUUUUACAAAGCAGUUCUCCGUAUAACAAACUACCAUCAUCUGAAAAGUUUUCUAAAAAUAUUUGUGACGUGAUUAACUUUGAGAAUUUACCUGAUUCAACAGGUAAGUAUGAACAAAUGACUGAGGUUUUACAAAAAGUAAGAGUUAAGUUAGCAAACCUUCAACAGGAAUGACUGUAAAUGUUUAAUCGCAGUUGUUGGUAUACUUUAUAAGUAUACAUUCAUUUUGUACAAUAAUUCUAAAUUAUUUGCAGAAGUAUAAAGAAGUCAAAUGAAGAUUCAGUAAAAUAUUUCUUUUAUAAUUGAACAUCCGUCAUUUGUAAAUAGAAACAUUUACCUUACAUAUUAAAUAUAUCAUAAGAUUUUUUUAUUAUAUAUUUGUCAAACAAAAGAACAUUCAACAAGUCACAUUUUUCAUAAAAAUGUUUUUUGAUUCAUGUAAAUACGAGAUUUUUUAAUUAUAAUGGGUAAAAUUCAUUUUUUAAUCGUAGUUAAAACUAUAAUUAAUACAAAUCAUUGAAUACUUCAAGGAGUCAAAUUUAGUUUCUUUUCAAAUAUU